AAAACACGACCGGUGACGUAUGACGCGGACGUAACAAUAAACAUCUCGUGGCAAUCUUCCUGAUCUAAUGUAAGCAUACUACGGGCAGAGCUUUAGUAAAGAGGCUUGAAGAAAUCGAAGCAAUGAACAAAUUGGAAACGUUUGGAUUCGUCAUAUCAAUUCUUAUUUCUUUAUAUUUGGUUCGAGAAGUCAGGGAACUGAAGAAUGCUACGUUGCAAAGGGGAGAAGAAAGACCAACAGAGGACAAGAAACCCGAAAAUGUCACGGAUGAAACAGAAAAUGGAGGAUUAACAAGACUGCAAGGAUUUAGGGUAGGACACGAACAAAAGGUUGAUAUUGGUAAUGGAAGAACACUUACUUUGAUCACAAGAGCCUUGCGACCUCUUACGUUUGAAAUUCCAAAUUUUCUUAAUGACGAUGAAAUUGAAUAUAUGGUGAACAAAGCAAAGCAACAAAAUUUAAUAACAAGUGAAGCAAAGUCUGGACUCGAUAAAAAAUUUGUCUACGUUAAAAAUGAAGGGAGAAAGAGGGCUCAACCUUACUGGGAUAAUUUUCAGUUUUGGGAUGUCAAUAAUGAUGGUAUUAUUGAUAUAGAAGAGCUAACAUCAGGAAUGCCAAGGGUUAUCGUCUUUGUCACACCAGAUGAAGAAGAAGUCACUAAUGUGUUUACAGAAAUCUUUCCUGUAGAAUUAGAAGAUGGUGUCAUAACAGAAGAUGAAUGGGCUACCAUGGAUACUGUGCACAUAGAAGACAAAGUCAAUUAUUGGUUUGCUGAGGACCCAAGGUUCAUGGCUAGACAUAGCGAACAAACGUGGCUUGGUUGGGAAAGGGAAGGCAUUCUGGCUGAUCUCCGUCAAAGAGUAGUGAAAUUAACAAAGUUGCCAAAAAAGAUUGUUUAUGGUGGAGAAUCCAUUCAGGUUGCUCACUAUUACCCAAAAGGACAUUAUCACGCGCAUUUUGACAGUGAAACGCAUUUACGCUCUGAUCUGCCAUGUUGUCACCAGAUUAAAGCUGAAGUGGAUGGCUCUGGAAAAUGCAUUAUAUGCAGACUCAUUACUAUUAUGACAUAUAUGAAUGACGUAGAAGAAGGUGGCGAAACGGCAUUUGUUUAUGCUGACAAUAAAACAUACACAGCAACGGUGGUUUCUGAAAAGUGCAAUCUGUCACUUCGCUGCAAAGAUGCAAACCUAGUGAUGAAACCAAAGAAGGGGACAGCAGUAUUCUGGUACAACCACUACGUCGACAAUGAAUCAAACUAUCUGGGAGAACGUGAUGGACUAAGUCUGCAUGGGGGAUGUGACGUAAUCAAGGGAGAGAAAUGGAUCAGCAAUAUUUGGCUGACAGCUCCAUACAAGAACCAUAAGCACUUGCCCAGUAUUUACGCCACAGAAUUUUGAAGAAGAGGAAAGUUGGCUUUCAUUUCACGUGUCGAUUCACAAGUCCCGCAUAAUUUUUGAUCCGACAAUGUUUUUAAAUUUCGGAAGUUUGUUUGCGCUCAAAAAAACAUCUUUUUAUGGAUAGUAAGAGAAUGUAGCGACUAAAAUCAUCAACUUCGUAGAAUAUCAAUUGUUUUGACUUCAAAUUAUCAAAGCUUUCCAGUUUUUGACAGCUCUGUAAAUGCCCUAUAUAGAAAUAUUA